AUAAGAUGUAGGUUUCCAACAGAAGUUUGAUGGGCAUCGACUUCGAUCCGACUUUCGCUUCCACUCUACCACAUUCGCUUUCGGCGCCAGUCUUGUUCUUCGUUGUGCUGUGCACCUGAAUCUUUCUCUACAAACGACUUGCUCUAUACAGACACAGACGACUCAUUGAACACUAUCGCAAGAUGAAGUUCUACGCCGCUCAAGCUUUCGCUCUUGCCAGCAUUGCAACUGCAUUCCCGCACCCCCAGCUUCCCUCACUACCAUCCUUCUCGCUACCAACUGGGGGAUUGGGCUCUGGGACAGGGACCGGUCUGGGUUCUGGUCUGGGCUCUGGCCUCGGUUCUGGUCUAGGUUCUGGCCUGGGCUCAGGCCUCGGUGGAGGCUCAGGACUUGGUGGACUUGGUGGACUUGGUGGAGGAUCAGGAUUUAGCCUCCCAACCAACAUCCCCUCUCUCGGAGGUGGAGGUUUCUCACUUCCGACCAGCCUUCCAAGCCUAGGUGGAGGCAGUACCGGCACAGGUGGUUCAGGAUUGAGCAGCUGGCUCAGCGGCCUAGGGGGAGGUUCCAGUGGAGGUCUCGGGGGUCUUGGAGGUCUUGGAGGCCUCGGAGGCGGUGCUGGUGGUGCUACGACAACAGCUGACGCCGCUGUUCCCGGACCUUCCAAAACUGGUGCCGCUGAAGCACCCGCAGCGACGGGCGGAGGCAACACUGGUGGCGCCGGCACCAUUGGUACAAACUGCAAGCCCCAAUCUGGAUCGUCCAACGCCUUCGGAGGAAGCGAAAAUGGUAUCGUGGACAAGAGCUGCUGCACCGAUAUGACCAUCGUCUUCGCACGUGGUACCGGAGAGAUGGGUAACGUCGGAUCCGUGUCUGGGCCACCGAUGUUCAAGGCUAUCCGACAGAAGCUGGGUAACGACCGUGUUACCGUUCAGGGUGUUGACUACGCUGCCUCUGCUGCUGGUAACGCCAACCUCGGUGGCGACGGUGGUCAGAAGAUGGCCGAUCUGGUCAAGCAGGCCAAGUCUCAAUGUCCUGAUACCAAGGUCAUCGUAUCAGGCUACUCUCAAGGUGCCAUGGUCGUUCACAAUGCUUUCAGCAAGGGAAUUUCUGCCACUGAUGUUAGCGGCGCUGUCAUGUUCGGAGACCCAUUGAAGCGCCAGGCUAUCAGCGGUCUUUCAACCGACAAGAUCAAGCAGUUCUGCGGUACUGCUGAUCAAAUCUGCGGCGGUGGUGGUGAUGGCGGUGCUACUGGAAGCCAUCUCAGCUACGGCAGCAGUGCGGAUGCGGCGGCUUCCUUCGCUAUCCAGGCCGCUGGGCUUGCUUAGGCGGAUCGAGGUUGUCUUGUAAACUCGCAUUGCUGGUCCGUGUGAGCUACAAGACGAGACAUACGCGAUUGUUGAG